AUGAACACGGAGUCGUUCGCCUAUGGCUCGUUUGGCCUUGCGGUGUUCGCUGCUGGCUAUGUUGCAAUCAUUAUCAAGAUUACCAUGUCGACGCGAGCGAAAGCGAGCGUGUAUGGUUUAUCAGAAUACAGGCAAAGAACUGCUGAUGGAAAAGAGACUGUGAGUGAUCAAACCGACGGCCGACUGACUUCUGCGAUCAUGAAAACUGUAUCAUUACUUGUCCACAACGGUAGCUCAGCGCGAAAAUCCUUUAAACUCGCGAUGAAGUUCGAUGGUCUUGCCGUGGAAACCGCUCUUCUCUAUCAAAAGCUCGAGCCUGGUUUGCCUACAGUCCUUAUCGGAAUCUUUACCGCCGCUGUAACAUCGAACGCGCUUUCAUGUGCUGCGGUGAUGUUCAUUCCGUACGAACGUUCCCUGCUAAAAUCCUCAUCGAUUGCUUGCAACUUGAUGAUCGUUGCAUUUUUAAUCUAUUCGCUUUCUAAGGCUCAUGCUCAAUCUUUUCAAAUAUUUUCUAAUCUCCAGUGCCUGAUGCUCGUGGUGCUUUACGGCUUGUAUGCCUUCACCUUUGACCGAGCCAAGUUCACAAUCAACAUCGAGGUGUACCCGACGGACUGGCUUGAACAGAGCGGAAGUGUUAUUGCGGAUCCUGUCCAGACUGCAGUUAUCAACAUACACAAGUCUCAAGUCGCUGCGAAUCAUGUCUGGGCUGGACGUCUUCAUUCGGAUCGGCAUCAAUCUCAUGCUCUGCCUUCGGCUUCGCAUAUAUCUGAGCGGAACUACCCAACCGUGGUUCUUAUGAUCGUAUCCGAUAUCCAUCUCGUGGUGUUUGUCGAAGAGAGCGUGCGACCGUCUGCGAUCGCGUGCAAUACUCACCCAGAGUGUGUCGUUCACCACGCCCCUGGAUAA